AUGGCUAAUCUCCCUAGAAUCAUCCCUUCUUCUGCAGAGUACCGAAAAUUGGAAGUCAUGUAUGGCUUAUCCUCCUUAGAAGGUGUGGAAUUUCCCUCUGCUGGCUCUAGCAUCUCUUCUCCCCUCCCCCCCUCUGGAAAAAUUGGGGUUUUCCUAAAAACCUUGAAUGCUGGCAUACGAUUACCUCUGACAGAUUUCCAAGAGGAGGUUCUUCAGAAGGACGGAUGUAGUCUUCAGAUGUUGACCCCUAACGUUGUUAACAAAGUGGUUGCCUUCGAGAUGAUCUGUAGGGCCAAUGGGUAUGUUCUUGACUAUUUCGUUUUCAAGUUCUUCUUUCGGUUCUGCCUUACCGGCGACAAGUGCACUUUUUUGGCCCCGCGAGGGGGGCAUACCUUAGUUCUUGAUGGGCGUACCCCCAAGAACUGGCAAGACAAGUGGUUGUAG